AUGUCACCUCAAGAUAUCCGACACUGGUCUCAAUAUUUCUUCUUGGUGGUGGCAGUGGGCGGGUGCGGCAGAGUUGGUCUGCCUGAUGACGUCACUUUCGUGCAAGUCGCUGGAGAACAACAGCUGCUGGAACAGCUCGUCACCGUGGUCAGGACGUGGGAUCCUGAUAUUCUCAUGGGCUACGAAUUUACGUAUAAUUUAAGACCUGGUUCUGACCACGAGUCGCCUGGUUCUGACCAUAAGUCGCCUGGCUCUGACCACAAGUCGCCUGGCUCUAACCACAAGUCACCUGGUUCUGGCCACAAGUCGCCUGGCUCUGACCACAAGUUACUCGGUUCUGGCCACAAGUCGGCUGGCUCUGAUCACAAGUCGCCUGGCUCUAACCACAAGUCACCUGGUUCUGACCAUAAAUCGCCUGGCUCAGACCACAAGUCACCUGGUUCUAGCCACAAGUCGCCUGGCUCUGAUCACAAGUCGCCUGGCUCUGACCACAAGUCACCUGGUUCUGGCCACAAGUCGGCUGGUUCUGGCCGCAAGUCGGCUGGCUCUUGUCACAAGUUGACUGACUCUGACAAUUCGCCUGCCUAUGACCACAGGUUGCCUGACUCUCACAAGUCGCCUGGCUCUGACCAGAAGUCGGCUGUCUCUGGCGGAAAUUCGUCCAGUUCCGAAAGAAAAUCGCCUGACCCUGACGGGAAGUCGUCUGGCUCAGACGGGAGCUUGCGUGACUCUGACGGAAUGUCGCCGGGCCCUUACAGGAAAUCGUCUGGCUCUGACAGAAAGUCGUUCGGCUCUGACGAGAAGUCUUUUUGUUCCAACGCAAAGACACUUGGCUUUGAUGGAAAGUUGCCAGGCCCUGGCGGAAAGUCGUCUGGCUCUGACGAGAAACUGACAGGUUCUGAGGAAAAGUCGUCUAGCUCUGACGGAAAGUCGUCUGACCCUGACGGAAAGUCGUCUAGCUUUGACGGAAAAUCGUCUGGCUCUGAUGGAAAGUCGUCUGGCUCUGACGGAAAGUCGUCUGGCUCUGACGGAAAGUCGUCUGGCUCUGACGGAAAGUCGUCUAGCUCUGACGGAAAGUUGUCAGGCUAUGACGGAAAGUCGUCUGGCUCUGACGGAAAGUCGUCUGGCUCUGACGGAAAGUCGUCUGGCUCUGACGGAAAGUCGUCUGGCUCUGACGGAAAGUCUUCUGGCUCGGACGGGAAGUCGUCUGGAUCUGACGGAAAGUCGUCUGGCUUUGAUGGAAAGUCGUCUGGCUCUGACGAGAAGUCGACUGGCUCUGACGAGAAGUCGUCUGACUCAGACCGGAAGUCGUCUGGCUCUGACGGAAAGUCUUCUGGCUCUGACGGGAAGUCGACUGGCUCUGACGAGAAGUCGUCUGACUCUAACGGAAAGUCGUCUGGCUCUGACGAGAAGUCGACUGGCUCUGACGAGAAGUCUCGUCUAUCUGGCCCUGAUGGCAACUCGUACCAAUGGAAAAAAACGCCUGCGUCUGAUAUGAAGCCUAUCUGUAAGAGCAAGUCGUCCUAUUUGGGGAAUACAUCGUUUUCAAAGAAAAAGUCUUCUGAUGGACCAUUUGUCAAGUUGUCUGGCUCUGAUGACAAAUCGCUUGGCUCUGAUGGCAAGUCGUCUGGUUCUGGAAGCAAGUGGCCCACAUCAGACAAACUCGAAAAAAAUGUUACGGAGUCUGUCAGCAUUUCUCCCGAAUCACGUUUGGCGUCUUUAAAACUUGGACAUGAAGCGCAAGAUUUGAGGCCAAAAUCGAACCCGGUAGAACACAAUUCAAAUUCAACUCGGAAGCCGUCUGAUUCAUGUCAUCAAUCUUUCAAAUCGGGGCAUAAAUCUUUGAAAAUUUGCAGUCAAUCAUCAAAAUCGAAACCCAAAUCCACAAGAUCUGAAUUAAAAGAUCGGUCAGCUGAACCGAUAAAGAAAUUUUCGAAAUCCACAGAUAAAUCAUUUGAAUAUCCAGAGCAGCUGUCAAACAUGGCAGAUGUAGCAUCGAAAUCCACAGAUAAAUUUACAAAACUGACAAAAGAAUCAUCGGACUCGAAAACAGAUGGGGCUUUGAAUUUAUCGGACGAUUCUUCUCCAUCGACGAAAAAGUCGUUACCAUCUGGAAUGAAGCCAGCCGAGUGUGAUGGAUCGUCGGAAGUAAAAAGUGAACAGUCAGAUUUGAAUCAGUCGAGUGAUCCUAAGAAUAGGUCAAAAUCGGAUGCCAUACCGUGUGCAGCAGAGAAUAUCAAAUAUGAUUACGAAACACCAACUAUGAGUAUAGAAACGUUUCCAAACCAAAAUUCCAAGUACUGUUUCUCGGAGUCGUCACAUCGAUCCUUCAAAAUUUCCAAAUUGAGAGUCAUCGAAGUUCCUCCAAAACCACUCUACAGUGAUUGUCCAAAGAUUCGCGUAUCUUCGCCGCCUGAACUUACGGAUCAUGUCUCACUUAAUUUGAAACAGCGUCCUGCCCAGCUAGAGAAAUCGAAUCCUACCCUACUGAGUCCUGCACAAACUAUUUCACUCUUGCCUCCUGGCAAUCCUUCCUCUGGCUUACAGUUAAUAUCAGCUGAAGAGAUUCUUUCUUCUGAGCCAGUCACUCGAACGAACGCCUAUCAUCCCGAAGAUCCAAGCAGUAUAAAUUACAAGAAGCAAUUAGUCGGCCUUCAUCCUAAACCAGUCCGCUUUUUUAGUUAUCUUCACAUCCCAAUGCAAACAAAUCAAUCUGACAAAAUAGGUGAUAUGCCUCCAGCCAUCAAGACCCAGUCAGGUGUUCUCAAUCUUCCGAUUUCUGUAACUGAUAAUAUAAGCGUUUCCAAAAGCGAUCUCAACAACAUUUUAAUGACUGUGAAGCUUAAACGAAAAAUUGAAUCAGUGACUCCUGCAAGCGACUUACCCUCGGACAAUGACAAAAUUUCCCGUGAAUGCGUUCCAUCUAGAGACAUAAACGAGAACAUUCAACUGAACUAUCCUGACAGCAAAAAUACUGAUAAACUUUCGACUGACUCCGACGAUCUGACUUCUGUUACCAUUAACAAAAAAAUUUCUCUCCAUAAACAGGUCAGAAAAAAAAUUAGAGAAUCUUGGCAGAAUUUAUUUAAAAAAUCAGUUGGCUCAUUAGAUGAAGAGUACAAUCCAGGUGCUGUUAGUGAUGCUCAAAACGUAAACGUCUUGGACUAUGUACCUACGAUCAUAUCUGAUAAGCGAGGUGAAACUUCAAAACCCAAGUCAACACUAAAUAUUGAUGCCUUUUCACAUUUACUUCCGAAAGACCAGAGUGAAUACGUGCCUACUGCAUGUGGGAAUGAAGCGUCUCUACAAUAUCAAGAGGCUAAAAAGAAAAUUAUAAAUCUCGCAUCCAGGAAAAGUCCACUUGAUACCAUUACAUCUGCAAAAAAAUUGAAGGUUUUGAAGAAACCUACUAUUCUACCGCCUAGCUUUGGCCCCGACGAGGAAUAUAAUCCUUUAGGCGACCCACUUGAGUUGAAACCUUACGUGCCCACCUCCAUAGGUUGUGUACAGAAACCGAUUGAGGAUGAGUACGACCCUUUUGAUUCAGGUGUCGACCUAACUAGAACGAAAACUGCUGAAAUGCGCGGACUAACAACCCCCGGAACUUCCUCCGACUACAUGGCUUCAAGCUCCGUCAAUACCCCUUGCAGCCAGUCAAGAAUCUCUAUUUCAGAAAAUGAUAGAUUCGUAACUUAUGGAGUUUAUCCUCCAUCAUAUGAAGAAGUAGCCAAUUCUGUGCCUUUCAGGCAUAAAUCUCUUUUUUGUAGCGACAAAAAUGACGUGCCCGGAAAUCCGUUGGAAGUGGGCGGCGAUAUCUUAACGAUUCCAUCUAACAGCCUUUCUGAAUUGGGAGAAUUCCCAUCUACAUUUCGUGAAAAUGGCUUAAAUCACUGGAAAGUUUUAAUAGAUACCUUUCAAUUAGAGUCCACUGCGAGUGAAUCCGCAAAUACAACAACUAUCACUUACACAACCUUGAAAAGACCUCCGUCUUACGAUGAAGUUGACAAAUGGAGCAAGACGCGACGUAAAAUUCUGGCAUUAGAAAAUAAAGUCAAGCGAAAGGAUGAUGAUGGAUCCGAUAGAGAUGACGAUGAGAGAAAUGAAAAUGACUUGAACAAAACUCGUAAGGUUUCUGGUAAACGAGAGAUAACUACUAUUCGAUAUCAAGAAUCGUCGUCCGUGUCACAAACAUCGUCUUCUAGCUCGAAAACCAAUCAAUUGAACAGUUCGAUUAUCAAAUCAGAAAAUGUAAAAGCUGCUUUGUCACAAACUGCCUCAAUAGCUGACUGUGACCGAGCAAAAUCUCAGAAAUUUCUCAGUCCACAACCCUUCACAACAUUCGCAGCAUCCACUCCAAUAGGUCCAUCAUGCUUUCCUCUCAACCCAACGCCUGUCAGCCGCAUGAAGAGACGUUCUUCAGAUGAUACGAAGAUACCUGGGUCUCAACCCCCUCACAAAAGGCAUCGACGCGUUUCUUUCGAACCCGAAAUGGUCUCUGGCAUGUGCCGUCCCUCAUCACCGCUGGUCACUGAACUUGUGGGGGCCCAUGAUGGUAACCACGGUAACAAGAAAAUUUCCUUCUCAAGUCUCAGACUCGUUCAGUCCGACCUUCUUAGUCCAAUCAAAGAGAAAAACGAAACUCCGGCGAGACGGAAGACGGAGGGUGAAGAAAAGACGGCCUUGCAACCUCCUACUGGAGAACUAAAAACGGAAAGUGAUGCGACGCAGAGUACACGAGUGAAUGAUUUGCAUUAUGAAACCUCGGACAUGGUGUCGACAUCCAGCCAUGCCAUAGACAAGGGGAAUAACGAAGACGACUCGAGUGAUGAGGUCAUCGAUUCUUCACAACCAAACUCGCCCAUGUUUGACCCGUCAACCAACUUUAUGUUACGAAUUAAGAAGUCGAAGAAAAGAAGAGAGAAGGCUGCUUUCCCAAAACGGACUAACAGAUCCGGACCUAGACUUCGAAGAAGUGGCGAAGAAGCGUCGAAUUUCCUCACCGUACCUGGAAGCGAUAAACCAUUGGAGCAAGUUACUGUUACGUCAGAAGUUCCUAGAGUUACAGUUAUUUCAUCGGAUGAAAUCAUCAAGUCUCGCUCCGAUACUCCACUCUCUCGUCCCGACACCCCACUCGUUCACCCCGACACUCCACUCGCUCACCCCGACACUCCACUCGCUCACCCCGACACUCCGCUCACUCGCGCAGACACCCCACUCGCUCGCGCCGACACUCCGCAGUCGUAUCCCAACUCCGGUGCAUCUUUCAACGGUUCAUUACUUGGCUCCUCGUCAUUUCUGGAUACGUCGCGCGCCGGUCGCCUUCUGAUGGAUGCUCAGUUCCGGAAACAAUAUCACCUGGCUUCUCAACUAUCUAGUUUCUGCAGGGGAUCUUCUUCGCUUAACGGGUCGCCGCUCCCACUCGGAGACAACACCUUCGGAUUUCGCUUCCAAAACCAUGACAUGCAGGAAGCUCGAGCGCUCCAUCAGCACCAGCACGUGGGUUCUUUGUGUCUGGAAACCCACGUGUGCUGUCGUGGGCGCCUCCUCCCCGACCCCCGCCACGACGCCGUGCUCGCCAUCGUCCUGCUGGGCGUGCGAGACUCGCCGUCCGAGCAACAGCCUCUCGACAAACUCAAAGUGGUGGUGGCAGUGGGCGGGUGCGGCAGGGUUGGUCUGCCAGAUGACGUCACUUUCGUGCAAGUCGCUGGAGAACAACAGCUGCUGGAACAACUUGUCACCGUGGUCAGGACGUGGGAUCCUGAUAUCCUUAUGGGAUACGAAGUGCAGAACAGCUCCUGGGGCUAUGUGCUGGAACGUUGCGUGGCGCUGGGCGGUACAGACCUGGUCUCCCAGCUGUCCAGAGUUCCUCACCAGGAUCCAGGGACCCAGCAGAGCCACCAUGAUCCAGAACUGGACGAGUAUGGCGCCACUCACACGUCACACAUACACGUCGCUGGACGCAUCGUCCUCAACGUCUGGCGUCUCAUGAAGCAGGAAGCGGCGCUAUGCGGUUACUCGCUGCCUAACGUCAGCCACCAUCUCCUGCACACGCGCGUCCCUGAAUACUCUUACGCCACACUACAGCGCUGGUGGACUGAUCAACUCACGCAGGGUCGUGUUCUGAAUCACUACUUACAGCGCGCCAGCCUCUCCCUGCAACUGUUCGAGCGCCUGGACCUCGUUAACCGCACCUCGGAACUCGCCAGACUUUUCGGCAUUCAGUUCUACGACGUCCUCGCCCGCGGUUCCCAGUUCCGCGUCGAGUCGAUGUUGCUGAGGCUGAGCAGAAGCAACAACUGCGUGGCCAUGUCGCCCAGCGUGCAGCAGCGGGCGGCUAUGAAGGCUCCGGAGUGGAUCGCGCUCAACCUCGAGCCUCAGUCCAGAUUGUACACGGAGCCCGUGAUAGUGCUGGACUUCCAGAGCCUGUACCCCAGCAUCAUGAUCGCCCACAACUACUGCUACUCUACGUGUCUUGGGCGCGUCGACCUCCUGACGGGCGCUCAGCCCUUCGUGUUCGGGGCGGGGCAGCUUAGGGUGUCGCAGGAGGAGCUCUUGGAUAUGGUGGACGAGUUGCACAUCUCGCCCUGCGGCGUGGCCUUCGUACCUAAGAGGGUCAGACGCGGCCUCAUCCCUCAGAUGCUGGAAGAGAUCCUUAACACCAGGAUAAUGGUGAAGCAAAGCAUGAAGCGACACAAGUCGGACGCAACGCUGCAGAAAGCCUUGCAUUCUCGGCAGCUCGGCCUCAAGCUCAUCGCUAACGUCACUUACGGCUACACCAGCGCUAACUUCUCUGGCAGGAUGCCCUGUGUCGAGCUGGCGGACAGCGUGGUAAGUAAAGGCCGGGAGACGCUGGAGCUUGCCAUCAAGCUCGUGAACUCUCACCCCACGUGGGGAGGAACCGUCGUGUAUGGGGAUACCGACUCCAUGUUCGUCCACUUGCCUGGCAAAACCAAAGACCAGGCCUUCGAUAUUGGGUAUGAAAUCGCCGAUGCUGUCACCAAGUUGAACCCGAAGCCCGUCAAACUCAAGUUCGAAAAAGUCUACUUGCCAUGCAUUUUGCAGACAAAGAAACGAUAUGUGGGCUACAUGUACGAGACGAAGGACCAGAAAGAGCCGCAGUUCGAAGCCAAGGGCAUUGAGACCGUGCGCAGGGAUGGCUGUCCUCUGGCGGCUAAGCUGCUGGAACAGAGCCUGCGUAUUCUGUUCACUGAUCUGGACGUAUCUCUGGUGCGUAAGUAUCUCGUACGGCAGUUCACGAAGCUGCUCGCUGGCCGUACGUCCCUUCAGCUCCUGACGUUUGCUAAAGAAUAUCGCGGGGCGCGGGGAUAUCGCCCUGGGGCGUGCGUGCCUUCAUUGCAACUCGCCAGACAACGCCUGCAGAAAGACCCCCGGGGGGAACCUCUGGCCGGGGAGCGCGUUCCUUACGUCAUCGUGUACGGCGCACCGGGCCUGCCGCUCAUACGCCUUGUCAGAUGUCCCCGAGACUUGCUGUCUAAAGAGGGCAAGUGGCUGCGACCAAACUACGUCUACUACAUCACUAAAGCCCUCAUCCCGCCCCUUGAUCGCUGCUUCUCGCUGCUGGGCGUCAACGUCGCUAAGUGGUACGAGUCCAUGACACGACCAACCGCAAUCGUGCCCUCCGUGACGCUGAGUCGACCGCAGACGACGUGCAGCGCAGGCGGGACCGGAAGCUCCACAAUAUCGCAGUAUUUCUCGUCGGUCGCCUGCGUCGUCUGUGCCGCCAGCACUGUCGUCAAAACUUCCAAAGUUGGUAGUGAAGCGGUCAGAGACGAAGGGGACGAAAGACACGCCGCGCUGUGCAACAACUGUCGCGCACAGCCACAAGUGACGGUAUUGACGCUCAACGAGCGCAUGCGCACCGCUCAAAGAGCCGUCCAAAAGAUUAGCGAGAUAUGUCGCGCCUGUGAAGGGUACAGUCAUGUUACUGACCUCUGCAUAUCUUUAGAUUGUCCAAUAUUG